AUCACAGAAGAAAUUCAUGUCUAUAGCUCUUAAGGACUUUAUUACAUCAUCUUCAAGCCUGAUAGUUUUGGAAUCCGUAUUGCAGCUGCAAAGACACGUCUGCUUUCGUAUUUCAACAAACAUCUUCUGUCAGAAGAUACUGAAAUUGAAGUGCUCUGUUUUAACACAGUGAUACCAUUGCAUUAUUUUAAGAUUUCCCAGUUAAAAAUUUACAGUAAUAUAUUUUCUUGCCAGACCAACACCAAAAUGAUUCCUAAUGGAUAUUUGAUGUUUGAAGAUGAAAACUUCAUUGAGUCGUCUGUUGCCAAACUAAAUGCCUUACGUAAAAGCGGUCAGUUCUGCGAUGUCCGUCUCCAGGUAUGUGGACAUGAGAUGUUGGCACACCGAGCCGUGCUAGCUUGCUGCAGUCCCUACCUGUUUGAAAUCUUCAAUAGCGAUAGUGAUUCUCAUGGAAUUUCCCAUGUUAAAUUUGAUGAUCUCAAUCCAGAAGCUGUUGAAGUUCUGUUGAAUUAUGCCUAUACUGCUCAAUUAAAAGCUGAUAAAGAACUGGUGAAAGAUGUAUACUCUGCAGCAAAGAAGUUGAAGAUGGAGAGAGUUAAGCAGGUUUGUGGUGACUAUUUGCUCUCCAAGAUGGAUGUUCAGAGCUGCAUCUCUUACCGAAACUUUGCAAGUUGUAUGGGAGACUCACGUUUGUUGAACAAGAUCGAUGGCUACAUUCAGGAACAUCUUUUACAGAUUUCAGAACAGGAAGAAUUUCUCAAACUUCCAAGAUUAAAGCUCGAAGUAAUGCUGGAAGACAAUGUUGGCCUACCCAGCAAUGGCAAAUUGUACACAAAGGUAAUCAACUGGGUACAGCGCAGCAUCUGGGAGAAUGGAGACAGCCUGGAAGAUCUAAUGGAAGAGGUUCAAACGCUGUACUACUCAGCUGAUCACAAGCUGCUUGAUGGAAAUCUGCUAGAUGGACAGGCUGAGGUGUAUGGCAGUGAUGAUGACCACAUUCAGUUUGUGCAGAAGAAGCCACCACGUGAGAAUGAUCACAAGCAGAUCAGUAGCAGCUCCUCUGGAAGUCUUUCUCCAAAUGCUACUGUUCAGAGUCCCAAACACGAGUGGAAAAUCAUUGCUUCAGAGAAAACUUCAAGUAACACCUACCUGUGUCUAGCUGUUCUGGAUGGUGUGCUGUGCGUGAUAUUCCUGCACGGCCGUAAUAGCCCUCAGAGCUCUCCCACGAGUACGCCACGACUGCUGAAGAGUCUGAGUUUUGAGCUUCAACCAAAUGAUAUCAUAGAGAAGCCCAUGUCUCCAAUGCAGUAUGCUCGGUCUGGACUGGGCACGGCCGAACUUAACGGCAAGCUUAUCGCUGCAGGUGGAUAUAACAGAGAGGAGUGUUUGCGCACAGUGGAAUGCUACGAUCCACAAAAGGACACCUGGACUUUCAUUGCACCGAUGAGAACACCAAGAGCUCGGUUCCAGAUGGCAGUUUUAAUGGGGCAGCUAUAUGUUGUGGGUGGGUCAAACGGUCACUCGGAUGACUUGAGCUGUGGAGAAAUGUAUGAGCCAGAAAUAGAUGACUGGACUCCUGUUCCAGAACUGAGAACCAAUCGCUGCAAUGCAGGAGUAUGUGCCCUGAAUGGAAAACUGUACAUUGUUGGUGGUUCAGAUCCUUAUGGCCAAAAGGGACUUAAGAACUGUGAUGUGUUUGAUCCUGUAACAAAAUCUUGGACGAGCUGUGCUCCCCUUAAUAUCCGGAGACAUCAGUCUGCAGUGUGUGAGCUGGGUGGAUAUCUGUACAUCAUUGGAGGAGCAGAAUCAUGGAACUGCCUGAAUAGCGUGGAGCGUUACAACCCAGAGAACAACACUUGGACUCUGAUAGCACCCAUGAACGUGGCUCGACGAGGGGCUGGAGUGGCUGUUCGUGACGGAAAACUCUUUGUUGGUGGAGGCUUUGACGGCUCUCACGCAGUGAGCUGUGUGGAGAUGUACGACCCUGCUAAGAACGAAUGGAAGAUGAUGGGAAGCAUGACUAUGCCAAGGAGCAACGCCGGGAUUACCACGGUGGCAAACACUAUUUAUGCAGUUGGGGGAUUUGAUGGCAAUGAGUUCUUGAACACAGUUGAAGUCUACAAUCCCGAGUCAAAUGAAUGGAGCCCCUACACGAAAAUUUACAAGUUUUAAGUGAAUUAAAUUCCCUUUUUCAAACUAACAGGCUUAGUGAUGUAAUUGUGUUUUAGUAGAGGUACACAUGUGAAUAGGGUUGGGGAGGGCAUAGAUGUUGCCAACAGCAACACAGAGCUUUUGCAUAUUGCAUAUUAAUGUGCUGUACAUAUUUGUUUUGGAAAGAAUAUCAAG